AUGCCGGGAUCCGCGAAGGUGGCGUCCAACGACGACGAAGGGCGCCUGAGCUCACGGUCGAACAGCCGGAACCUGGCCGGGAAGCGCGAACCAGGAGAGGCUGAAGCCAGCCCCUCCUUCAAGAAGCCGCGCGAGUCCGGGCCGGAGCCCCGCACUGUUCUUCAGGCUGCACCGAAGCACAAGCGCUUCAGGAUUCUCGGUAGCAUGGUGAAGGCCAUGAACCGCUUCAAGGGAUCCCUCAACCCAACGCUGAACUUCGCUGACGAGCACACGCACGAGAAGCAUCACGCCGUGUCCCGCUGGGAGCGCUUGGACCAGAACGUCGACGAGAAGACGCAGAGGAAGCAGCUGCAGGCACACUCCUCGUUCCGCAAUCGCGGCCACAAGGGGCAGAUGGUGCUCGCGCCGCUCGCCGCCCCCGCGGACGAGUAA